AUGUCAUACGAUGUGGAGCGGCGGCUGCGCGAACGCCUUGAGAAGAUGCUGGGCGGGCACAACGAGAUCCGCCACCGCUUCUACGAUGGCAUUGCAAAAGAAUACCACACCGAUGUCCUCUCCAACACAUCGGUCGCUGCCAACGCUGACGGCGAAGACCAGGAGGACCGCGACGCAAGUGGCGCUGUGCGGCACACGGAGCAGCGCAGGGCAUCGGCGCCCAUGUCAACGGCAGAGCAAGCCAAGCUCAGCACCCAAGUGGAAUACGUCGUCGUCGGAGGCAAACAGGUGGUGACGAAGCUGAAGACACCCAUGCAUCGCAAGACGGUCCUUCCACAGGAACGAGAUACCAACACGCAACCGCAGCCCAGAUGGCCAACGGACAUUGAUAUGGUGUAUCCUGCGCCCUCGUUUCCAUACUACAACGCCCCUGAGCCUGAGCCAUUCCACCAACGCGCUGACCCAGGGUACGUGGAGCGACUGCGUGUGCGUCUGAUUCGCGGAACCGGCCCAGUCGUGUACGAGCGCCGCAUCAGCCCUGCACCACAGUUCCUGCCAUCACGCGUGCGUGAAUACACACCCAUUUCAGAGGAGAGCGAUACCCUGAACGCAAUCAACGGUGACAAUGGAUCCAACGGCGCAUUGCGUCAUGCAGUGGAUGCGGACGCCGGGUCCGGUGCUGUUGCGUCGAGUGGAGCAGCUGGCGAUGAGGACCAUCUGCACUUCGACUCCUGUUUUGAAAGCGGCAAUCUCCAAACAGCCACAAAGAUUGGGCCGACGGAGUACAUGCUUGACCUGUCCACCGACUUGUACACGACACGACACACGCAGUGGUUCUUCUUCCGCGUCACCAACAUGAAGGGAGGCGAGACGUACACGUUCAACAUCAUGAACCUCCUCAAGUCUGACAGCUUGUACAACCACGGCAUGCAGCCCGUGGUGUUCUCCGGCCACCUCUACAAAUCACGACAAAUCGGGUGGCAUCGUGGUGGUGACAACGUGUGCUACUUCCGCAAUCACGUGAAUGUCAACGAUACAGAUCGCCACCACUACACGCUGUCCUGGACAUUCAAGUUUCCCGCCAACAACGACACCGUCUACUUUGCCCAUUGCUAUCCGUACACUUACUCCGACCUGCAACACUACAUCACGGCGCUCAUGCAGUCUGAGAGCUCCAAGAACAUCUGCCGCCACCGCGUCCUCUGCCGAACACUCGCGGGAAACGUGUGCGACCUUCUCACCGUCACAAACUUCGGUGUUCCGCAGGCGGAGAUGGAGACCCGCAAGGGCGUGAUCAUCACGGCGCGAGUGCAUCCUGGUGAAACAAACGCAUCGUGGAUGAUGAAAGGAUUUCUGGACUUUAUCACCGGAACAACAGAGGACGCACAGCUGCUGCGCGACAACUUUGUGUUUAAGAUUGUGCCGAUGCUGAAUCCUGACGGCGUGAUCGUCGGCAACUACCGCUGCUCCCUCGCGGGCGUCGACCUCAACAGGACAUACAAGCACACCAUCCGCGAGCUCUACCCAACCAUCUACUCCGUCAAGAUUAUGAUGCAACGGCUGGCACGGGAUCGCCCUGUGGUGAUGUACUGCGAUCUCCACGGGCACAGUCGAAAGCACAACGUCUUCAUCUACGGCUGCAACAACAGGACCAACCCAGACAGACUGCUCACCGAACGCAUUUUCCCGCUCAUCAUGCACCUCAACGGACAGGCACACUUCUCCUACAAAAGCUCCAAGUUCAGCGUCAAGAAAUGCAAAGAGUCGACGGGCCGUGUUGUCACGUGGAGGGAGCUGAACAUUGUGAAUGCGUUUACGAUGGAGGCGACAUUCUGUGGCAGUACCAUGGGGCGGCUCAAGAAACGCCAGUUUCGACCAUGCGACUUUGAGGAACUUGGUGAGAUAUUCUUCGACUCGCUGCUUGAUUACUGCGACCCGGACCAAGCUAAGACGAACCUGCUGUGGUCGCGUCUGCGAUCAGAGGCGAUGCAGCGGGGUGCGGAUGUGCACACGGGCGCCUCCGGCCUCAGCGCCCUCCUCGCUGACCCGGCCAACAACGACGACGACGAGGACGACUCGCCAGGGUCAGACAGCUCCCCGUCGGAAGGCGAGACGGAGAAGGCAGAGAUCCGCUUCCGGUUUGGCGAGCGCGCCCUGCACGACGCUGCUGCGAAGAAACAGGCAGGAUUGCGUUUGCAGCUGCUGCGGCGCGCAGACUCGGAGCCCUCGGUGCUGGCGGGGGGCAAGAAGACGGGCAGUGCAGGCAAGGGCAAGACGCGCAGGAAGAAGAAGAAGAAAACAAAGGGGAAACACAGACCACCCGAAGACUUUCCAGGUAACUGGCGGCGUGAUGCCGAUUCGGAAGACAAUGAUGACGACGACGAUGAUGACAAUGAUGACAAUGAGAGUGAGGGUAGCGGGCGCAUGUCACGCUCAUCGAGUGCGAGCGCGUUCGCUUCAACACCGACACGCCGCCGCCGCAGUCGCCUCCGCGAGAAGUACAAGCGCCUCUCCAAUCGCGGCAUUCCAACAUUCGCAAACGAUCGCGUUGCUGCCCGCGCCGCCCGCAAGAGCGCAGCGGUUCAUCGCGAUGACGACGGUGACAGCAGACGCCCUGCUAUCACUGAAAUCUCCCCAUCCGUCCUGGAUUUUGUGUCGUCUGGGGAUGAAGUGCGGUCAACGCGCUCAGCGUCCAUCGGAUCACCGACUGCAAUCACAAACGCAAUUUCUGGCCGAAACAACAACAGCUGCCGGUCGUAUGCGUCGAGUCCGCGAAUGGGCCGCAGCGGACUGGCGACGAGCGUGCGCGCAGAGUCGCUCAGCCCAAAGCUACUGGCCAGGGGCCUCUCACCCGCGGCCAAGCACGUCGGUGGCAUGAGCUUCACAGCACAGGUACAACAACACACGCACGAAGACGAUGACGACGAGGCGUCACACCCGCCGCCACAACGCCACUUGAGCACGCAGUUCCUGCAGCUUGACGUUGAUUUCGAUUCACAGCGAAAAGGAGCGCGCCAACCGCAUCCGCCGUGGUACGACAACACCCAUCUCCAACGCCAGGGCUCGCACCACCAGCACUACCAGCACCAGCAUCGUGAGACGAGUGUGGCUGCGAUGACCAUGAGCCACGCCGACAUGCAGUGGCACUCGAGUCACCAGCACAUUGAUGCGCAGUUCUCGGAGGAUGUGCGUGUGCUGCAUGCCAUGUCGUCGUCAUCGUCGUUUUCCCACACCAGUCGGCGCACGUCUCGAUCCAGCAGGCGUGGCGCAGGUUUGCAGCAGCACGUGCACCAUACUCCCUCGCACCACCACAGCCAACACAGCCAACAACAGCAGCAGCGGGGCGCUGGUGCAACGAGGUGGCAUGUUGCAGAGUCGCGUGUGUCUGGCAGUCGCAGUCAGCACACUGUCACGUCGACACACCGCACUGCUGCUCCACAGACGCGCGUGCGUGCGUCGUCUGCGCGUGUGUCGCCAGCGAGAUCGCGGCGUGCCGGCAGCAGCAGCAGCAUCGGCGAUACAAGGGUGAGGGACAAGGACAGAGAAAAGGACAGGCUGAAACAACGUGAUCACACGAAAGCAACAGCGACAGCGGAGGCAACGACAGCAACGACAGCAACGACAGCAAGAGCAACGGAUGGCGGAGACGACGCGAGCACGUGUUCGAGUGGCCGGAGCGGUUCACGACGGCGCUCUCGAUCUGUGGAAAAAUUGCCCAUCGAGCACGAACCAGCGCACAGACCGUACCCUGCUGGCACGCUGAGCUCUCUCUACGAAAACAAGUUUGGACACGUCCACCCUCGCGAGGACUUGCGCGAAUCGUCGGCUCGUCGUGUACACACGGGUCUGUUGCAGCGGCAGCAGCAGGUUGCGCAGGAUGAGGGCACGCGCCACGCUGGCGACCACCCAACAGCACGCCGCGAGUAG